CGCGGAGCGGCUCUGCGGGUCUGGAUGCUUACUGACUUGGACGGACUUUUUUUUUUCUCCCCCUCUCCCUUCCUGCGGGAUAUUCAGCAGCAUGGCCGGAACGCCUGUGUUUCCCCGGGAGAGAGAGUCUCUGUGAGAUUGACUGGCUUCGCAAGUUCCAGAGGAAAACUACUUGCCAUAGCAACAUUAAGGCAGUCAAGGAUGGAGUUAUGAUGGAAUGGAUGUGAAUAUGGGCCGGUGGGCAGGCAUGCGAGCCCCUCUCCUUGGCCUGGCCCUGCUGCUGCUGCUUUCGAUCUUAAAGCCACUGCCCUGCGACGGCCAAAGCAACCAAGGGGCCCCUCAGGAUGGAUUGCAUUUCGGCUUCACCCAGCCUGUCUACCAGGCCACGGUUUAUGAGAACUCAGCAGCACGCACCUAUGCCAACAGUAAAAUUAAAAUGGGAAUCCACCUGGCCCAGCGCUCAUGGGAGAUACGUUACAGAAUCACCUCCGGCGACGAUGAAGGCUUUUUCAAGGCAGAGGAGUAUGUGCUGGGGGAUUUCUGCUUCCUGCGCAUAAGGACUAAGGGUGGUAACGCUGCCAUCUUAAACCGAGAAAUUCAAGAUAAUUAUGUGUUGACAGUGAAAGCCUCUGUCAAAGGAGAGGCCCUUCUGGAGACCUGGACUAAAGUCAGCAUCCAGGUCUUGGAUAUGAAUGAUCUACGGCCCUUGUUUUCUCCCACCACAUACUCUGUCACCAUUGCGGAGAGUACCCCUCUCAGGACUAGCAUAGCACAAGUAACGGCCACAGAUGCAGAUAUUGGCUCCAACGGGGAAUUUUAUUAUUUUUUCAAGGAGAAAAUGGAGCUUUUUGCUGUCCACCCAACAAGUGGAGUAGUGUCUCUUAGCGGAAAGCUCAAUGUUGAUGAGCAAAACCGUUAUGACUUGGAAAUCCUGGCAGUGGACCGUGGCAUGAAGCUCUAUGGGAAUAAUGGGGUCAGCAGUACAGCAAAGCUUUUUGUUCAUGUGGAGCGCGUGAAUGAGCACGCUCCCAUCAUGAAUGUGGUUACGCUUAGCCCCUCUUGGCUGGAUAAGAAUCCUGUCUAUGCCAUGGUUACCGUUGAAGACUUAGAUGAUGGCUUAAAUGGGGAAAUCGAUUCAGUGGUCAUUGUGGGUGGAGAUCCGUCAGAGCAGUUUCUUGUAGAGAGAACAGAGGAAGGCGAAUUUGCUAUAAAAGCAUCUGAUUCAGUAAAUUGGGAGACUUACCCUUAUGGAUGUAAUUUAACUCUGCAGGCUAAAGACAGGGGCACCCCGCAGAAAUUCUCUGCUGUCAAGGUCGUCCACAUCAUGGUGAAGAAACGUCAAACAGCAGAAGCUAAGUUUGAGCAAGACAUCUAUGACGUUACUUUAAAUGAAAUUGCACCACCAGGCACAAUUGUAGAGGCUGUUAAAAUCAGGCCAGAGCCUGACGAUGCAGAAUAUAUCCUGACACCUUCUGCAGACUCUGCAUUUUUUCAAAUGAAUACACUAACAGGUGUGAUUUCCACCACUCGCUGGUUCACUCAGGUGUCCCAGGACGUCUUUAACCUUGAAGUGUUGGAGGUCGAUAGUGAUCUUAAAGUUAAAGUGCGGGUAACGAUUGACGAUGCCAAUGAUAACACGCCAACAUUCGCCCAGUCCUCUUAUGAGGUUUUUGUCAAUGAAAGUGUUCCAGUUGGGAGCAAUGUGUUAACAGUCUCCGCGGUAGAUGGAGAUAAAGGCGAGAAUGGGUACAUAACAUACAGCAUUUCCAGCCUUCAGCCAUUACCCUUCAAAAUUAAUCAGUUUUCUGGUGUUAUAAUCACCACUAAAGAGUUGGACUUUGAAUCUUCACCGGAGAGCUUUGUGUUUGUGGUCAGAGCAUCUGAUUGGGGGUCACCCUACAGGAGAGAGAGCGAGGUGAAUGUAACAAUCCACCUGGAGAAUGUAAACGACAACCAGCCAUUGUUUGAGAAGGUUGCAUGCCAGGGGGUCAUUUCUGGAGAUUUCCCAGUAGAUGAAGUGAUCACGACAAUGUCUGCAAUUGAUAUAGAUGAGUUAGAGCUCGUGAAAUAUAAGAUAAUUUCAGGGAAUGAACAGGGAUACUUUGACCUCAACCCCGAUUCAGGAGUCCUUGCACUGCGACAUUCCCUUGCCACAGCCAGUCCAAAGAACACUGUCUUCAGUUUGAAAAUAACUGCCACAGAUGGUGAAAACUUUUCUGAUCCUAUGUUUGUUAACAUAUCAGUUGUUUAUGGGAAAUCUCCUCCUAAACGUUUCAACUGCAAAGAAACAAGGGUCGCCCAAAAAUUAGCCGAGAAGUUACUGAAAAAGUCCAAAGCUAGCACCAAACCUAAAAUUGAGGAAGGUUUCAUUGAUCUUUUCUCUGUCAAUCGGCAAACACCCCAGUUUGACAAAACAUUCCCCACAGAUAUUGCUGUGAGAGAAGACCUUAAAGUUGGCUCAAGUGUCUUCAAAGUGGGCGCUUAUGACGGGGACACGGGUUUCAACGGUCAGGUUCUGUAUGCCAUUGCAGAUGGAAACAUUGACAGCUGUUUCAAGAUUGACAUGCAAACUGGCCUGAUCAAAGUCUUUCUGCCCAUGGAUCGAGAAAAGAGAGACCGCUAUCUCCUCAACCUAACCAUAUAUGACCUGGGUGUCCCACAGAAAACUGCUUGGCGAUUGCUGACUGUCUACAUAGAAGAUGCAAAUGAUAACACGCCGCAGUUUCUGCAAGAAGGGGGUUAUAAAAUUGUCUUACCUGAAAAUACAGCAAUAGGCACAGAUGUCAUUCAAGUUGAAGCCACUGACAAAGAUCUUGGACCAAAUGGGGAGAUUGUGUACUCUCUUUUGACAAGCACCACACAGUUUGGCAUCAACUCCUCCAGUGGGAUUAUAUAUGUUGCUGGCCAGCUCGACAGAGAGUCUGUUUCUACCUUUCACCUGAAAAUUGAGGCCCGUGACAAAGCAGAGAAAGGCAGCCAGAAAUUUUGUGUGACCACUCUGAAAAUCAUACUAGAGGAUGUGAAUGACUGCCCCCCGCUGUUUAUCCCCAGUGUGUACAAAGCCAGGGCGCUGGAAGAUCUUCCAGUUGGAACAGUUGUUGCCUGGUUAGAAACCCAAGACCCUGAUUUGGGAUUGGGAGGCCAGGUUCGGUACUCUCUCGCCAAUGAUUACCAUGGAUGGUUUGAGGUAGACAAGGCCAGUGGAGCUAUUCGACUCACAAAGGAACUAGACUACGAGACCCAGCAGUUUUACAACCUCACUGUGAAGGCCAAAGACAAAGGAAGGCCUGUCUCACUUCUCUCUGUGACCUUUGUGGAAGUGGAAGUGGUAGAUGUCAACGAAAACCUUUAUGCGCCAUACUUUUCCCACUUUGCCCUGUCAGGAUUAAUUAAAGAAAAUGCUCGAAUUGGAACUACCUUACUCCAAGUUACUGCCAAUGAUGACGAUGGUGGUAGAGAUGGAGAAAUCCAGUACUCCAUUCGUGAUGGGAGUGGACUCGGACGAUUCGCUAUCGAUGAAGAGACAGGUGUGAUCUACACCACUGACUCAUUGGACCGUGAGACCAAGGAUUCCUAUUGGCUAACAGUGUAUGCCAGUGACCAUGGAGUGGUUCCUCAGUUCACCACCAUCGAGGUGUUUGUCCAGGUGGACGACGUCAACGACAAUGCCCCGCUGACGUCAGAGCCCAUGUACCGGCCCUCUGUGCCCGAGAAUUCCCCUCGGGACGUUUCUGUGAUCCAGAUCCAGGCCCAGGACCCCGAUGCCACGCCCUCCUCCAGUGCCGACAGGCUGAGCUACCGCAUCGUGAGCGGGAAUCCCCAGAAUUUCUUCACCAUCAACACCCGAACUGGUCUAAUCACGACAACCUCCCGGAAACUGGACCGCGAACAACAAACAGAGCAUGUUUUAGAGGUGUUGGUGUCAGACGGCGGUCCGAGUCCCAGGCAGAGCACGGUGUGGGUGAUGGUUCAGGUCCUGGAUGAAAACGACAACAAGCCCACGUUUCCUGAGAAAGUCUACCAGGUCAAGCUUCCGGAGAGAGAGCGCAGAAAGAAGAGCGAGCCCAUCUACCGGGUGUUUGCCUACGACCGUGACGACGGGCCAAACGGCGACCUCUCCUACAGCAUCGUCGAUGGGAAUGAGGACGGGAAGUUCUUUAUCGACCCAAAGACAGCCGUGGUGUCUUCCAGGAAAGCGUUCAGCGCUGGGAGCUACGACAUCUUGACUAUCAAAGCGACGGACAACGGCCGCCCUCAGAAGUCGUCCACAGCUCGCCUGCACAUCGAGUGGAUCCGCCGCCCGCCGCCCUCCGCCGCCCCGCUCCUGUUCGACGAGCCUUUCUACAACUUCACCAUCAUGGAGAACGACAAGGUGGCGGAGAUUGUGGGCGUGGUGUCCCUGCAACAAAGCCCCGCCCCUUUGUGGUUUGACAUCACAGGUCCCAGGUCUUUCCGUGAGAUGUUCUAUAUUCUGCAGAGCGCUUGUGGCAGGAACUGUUCCUCAGAAGGUGGGAGCAGUGACAGUGUGUUUGACGUAGAGAAAGCUGUUGGCACCAUCAUCAUCGCCAAGCCACUGGACGCCGAGCAGCGCUCCUUCUACAACCUCACGGUGCAGGCCACGGACGGGACGAGCACCGCGUACACACAGGUCCACAUCACUGUUAUGGACAACAACGAUAACCCUCCCAUCUUUUCCCAACCAACCUAUGACGUGACCAUAUCUGAAGAUACACCCCCGGACACCGAAGUGGUCCAAGUGCUGGCGUCAGACCGUGAUGAGCACCACAAGUUGACCUACUCCCUGCAGAGUUCCAUCGACCCCAACAGCAUGCGCCUCUUCCGCAUACACCCCACCUUGGGCACCAUCUACACCACCCAGAGGCUCGACCACGAGGCUUGUGCCCAGCACAUCCUCACUGUUAUUGUGAAGGACCAAGAGUUCCCAUACAGAAAAAAUCUGGCCCGCGUGUUAAUAGAAGUGGAAGAUAUCAAUGACCAUGUUCCCAUUUUCACCAGUGCUCUGUAUGAAGGUUCAGUCUAUGAGUCAGCAGCAGUGGGAUCAGCUGUAGUCCAAGUCACUGCUCUGGACAAAGAUAAAGGAGAGAAUGCAGAGUUGCACUACUUCAUUGAAGCUGGCAACACUGGGAAUUCCUUCCAUAUUGAACCAGUUUUGGGUAUCAUCACUGUUGCCCGUGACCUGGACCUGUCAAGCAUAGGUCACUAUGUCCUCACUGUUAGAGUCACUGACAAUGGCGCUCCUCCCCUCUCCACGACCACAAUAGUGCGUAUUGCAGUCACUCUCUCAGACAACGCCGGACCAAAGUUCCCUCAGCCGGAGUACCAGACUGAAAUCACAGAAAACGCAAUGGUCGGGACCUCCGUCACCACUGUCAACGCAGUCAGCCAAUCAACUCUCACCUAUGACAUUAAGAAGGGCAACACAGAUCAUGUAUUUCAGAUUAAUCAAUACAGCGGUGUGAUCACUACUCAAAAACCUCUGGACUAUGAAACCACAUCGUCAUACAACCUGAUAGUCCAGGCUACCAACAUGGCUGGCAUGGCCUCCAAUGCCACUCUUGUAAUCCAGGUGGUCGAUGAAAACGACAACCCACCUGUGUUCCAGCAGCUUCACUAUCGUGGUAGCAUUAGUGAAGUAGCACCAGUCAACAGUGUGGUCUUGAACUCAGAUGACACUCCUUUAGUAAUCAAGGCCACUGACAAUGACCGCAACCAAAAUGCUCUGUUGGUCUAUCAGAUUGUUGAGGAUACUGCCAAAAUGUUCUUUACAGUGGACUCAGGAACCGGCUCAAUUCGAACCAUUGCUAAUCUGGACCAUGAGACUUUUGCAAGCUUCCACUUUCAUGUUCACGUGCGGGACAAUGGCAGACCCCAGUUGACAGCAGACAGUCCAACUGAGGUAACGAUAGAAGUGAUUGACACAAAUGAUUCGCCGCCUCGAUUCACCCAAAACUCCUAUGAAACUGUUCUGCUUCUUCCCACAUACGUGGGAGUCGAGGCGUUGCAGGUUUCAGCCAUAGACCCUGACAAAGAUGUCCCAACAGAGCUCACAUACUCUCUGACUGACGGAGUACUGGAGCAUUUUGCUAUUAAACCUUCCAGUGGAAUUAUUGUCGUAAAAAACAACAACUUCUCCAAAGAGCGUUUUCGCUUCAGUGUCAAAGUUACCGAUGGGAAAUUUUCCAGCACAGCUUUGGUGACUAUACUCGUCAGAGAAGCCCUGGACUCUGGUCUCAGCUUUACCCACAGCAUUUAUUCUUCUUCUAUCAUCGAGAACAUCUCAAAUAUCACUAAAGUGGCUGUGGUCAAUGCUGUGGGAAACCGUCUCAAUGAACCGCUGAAGUACACCUUGUUGAAUGCUGGUACACGAUUCCGAAUACGUCCGACAUCUGGCGUUAUCCAAACAACAGGAGUACCAUUUGACCGUGAGGAGCAAGAGUUCUACGAAUUAGUUGUUGAAGCAAGGAGGGAGCACGACCGUCUUCACGUGGCCAGAGUCAUGGUUAGAGUUCAAGUGGAAGACAUAAAUGACAAUGCCCCUGUUUUUGUUGGACUUCCCUAUUAUGCUGCCGUUCAAGUAGAAGCUGAACCAGGAUCCCCGAUUUUCAGGGUCAUGGCAGUAGACGGUGACAAAGGAAUCAAUGGAGAGGUGUCUUACUAUCUCAAGGAUGACCACGGUCAUUUUGAGAUCAGUCGGCAGACCGGUAGUCUCAGCCUUAAGAGGUCUUUUGACUCUGAUUUGUCUAAUAUGGAAUACCAAAUGGUGAUAUAUGCAAGAGAUGGUGGUUAUCCACCUCUUUCAACAACUACUGAGUUCCCCAUCACGGUCGUCAACAAAGCCAUGCCUGUCUUUGACAAAUCAUUUUACUCUGUUUCUGUGAAUGAGGAUGUGGCUGUGCACACACCCAUCCUCGGCAUAAACGCCACCAGCCCUGAGGGUCAAAACAUCAUCUACACAAUUGUUGAUGGAGAUCCAUCGCUUCAAUUUGACAUUGGCUUUGACACUGGAGUCAUUAGUGUCAUUCACUCUUUGGACUAUGAAACAGCAUCAUCUUACCAUCUCACUAUCAGAGCCACAGACUACUUGACCGGAGCUCGUGCUGAGGUUGACGUAGAGGUGUUUGUCCAAGAUGUGAACGACAACCCUCCUAUCUUCCAGAAAAUGUCCUACAGAAUAAUAUUGUCUGAAACAGUCAUGAUUGGAACCCCAGCACUUCAAGUUAUUGCCACAGACAAAGACUCAGAGAAAAACAAUGUUGUCCGCUACCAGAUUUUUUCAGAUGUCCACAACAGCACAGAUUAUUUUCACAUUGAUAGCAGCAGUGGAUUGAUACUGACAGCGAGGAUGCUCGACCAUGAAAUGGUACAGAAGUAUGAUUUUACUGUCAGAGCCACUGACAAUGGCUUCCCUCCUCUGAGCAGUGAAGUGUCUGUGACUGUUGUCUUGAAUGACAUGAAUGACAACCCUCCAAUCUUCAACCAGCUGCUGUAUGAGGCCUAUGUGAAUGAGUUAGCUCCUCGUGGACACUUUAUAACCUGUGUUCAGGCCUCGGAUGCUGACAGCUCCGAUUUCGAUAAAUUGGAAUACAGCAUUUUAUCAGGAAAUGAAAGAAUGAACUUUGUGAUGGACAAGAAGACCGGAAUCAUCACUUUGUCAGGUCAUCGUAAGCAAAGAAUGGAUCCUGCUUAUAGCCUCAAUGUCUCAGUGUCAGACGGGGUGUUUACCAGCACUGCACAAGUUCAUGUGAAAGUGUUGGGUGCCAACCUGCAUAGUCCAGUGUUUGGACAGAAUAUAUAUGAGGCAGAAUUACGAGAGAAUGCUGCUGUGGGGUCCAAAGUCAUACAGGUCAAAGCAACAGAUGCAGACCCAGGACCAUUUGGACUCAUCACUUACUCCUUUGUGAAUGACUUGGGAAAGGACCAGUUCCACAUUGAUGCAAAUGGUCAAAUCUCCACUGUUGAAAAGCUCGAUCGUGAAGAUCCAGCUAAUAAGGACAUUGUUCUCACAGUGGCAGCCAAGGACACAGGUGGACGUGUUUCUUACUGUACAGUUCAAGUGACUCUGUUGGAUGACAAUGAUAAUGCGCCUCGCUUCCGUGCAACUGAGUACCGAGCUUCAGUCAAAUCUGAUGUGGCGAAGGGAUUUUUGGUCACACAGAUUCAGGCUCACGAUCCCGAUGAUGGCAUCAAUGCUAAAGUGACAUAUUCACUUUACAGUGAAGCACAUGUUCCCGUUGUUGACAUUUUGGAGAUCGACCCAGACAAUGGCUGGAUGGUGACUAAGGGAAGUUUCAGUCACUUGAGGAAUUCCGUGUUAUCUUUUUUUGUGAAGGCUGUGGAUGGAGGAAACCCAGUCCGGCACUCUUUAGUGUCUGUGUACAUACAUGUCCUUUCUCCAGAUGCUUUUAUUCCUACUUUCAACCAACAUCACUACUUAUUCAGCAUACCAGAGAACACCCCCAUAGGUUCAGCAAUAGGAACAGUGCACCUCAACACUCCAACCGGGUUUGCACCACUGUCUGCUACUUUCGCUGUGGUUAACGGGGAAACUGGUGAAAACAACCAAGAUGGGGUGUUUGUGGUGGAAAAAGAUACUGGAGUGAUCAAAGUUGAUAAACCUUUAGAUCACGAAGUAAUCAAAGGAUUCAGUUUCAAAGUUACUGCCACAGCACAACAAGCCAAGCUUGAUUCUGUGACUUCUAUCGAUGUGGAGGUCAGAGUAUUGGAUCUAAAUGAUAACAAACCAGCCUUUGAUACCACUUCUUACGAGACAACCGUGAUGGAAGGAAUGGCCGUUGGAACCAGAGUCAUUCAAGUCCAAGCACUAGAUCCAGAUUCAGGUGCCAAUGGUCAGGUAACCUACAGACUUGGGGAAUUAAUUCAGUCAGAUGGAGAUGUUGACACACUGGUUGGAACUUUCAGUAUUGACAGCAACACAGGCUGGAUCUCCACUCACAAGGACCUGGAUCAUGAAACCAAGCCAUCCUACACAUUCACGGUUGUGGCCUCGGACCUUGGGGAAACACUGUCUCUUUCCAGCACCACAACUGUAACAGUGGCAGUGUCAGACGUCAAUGACAACCCACCCAAGUUCAUGGAGAACCAGUACUUUGGUUCAGUUCAGGAGAGUGAUCCCCCAGGGGAGGUGGUGGCCGUGCUGAACACGAGAGACGACGACAGCUCUGCUGUCAAUCGACAAGUCAGUUACCACAUAACAGGUGGGAACUACCGUGGUGUGUUUGCGCUGGGCCUCGUUCAGGGAGAGUGGAAAAUGUACGUGAAAGGCCCCCUGGACAGGGAGGAACGCAACCUCUACGUCAUCAACGUCACGGCCAGCGACGGACUCUUCGUGACCCAGGCAAUGGUGGAGGUCACGGUGAUAGACACCAAUGACAACAGCCCCAUGUGCGACCAGGCUUUGUACACUGCGCUCAUUCCUGAAGACCUCCCAGUCAACAGUGUGCUUCUGAGGAUCGGAGCGUCAGAUGCAGAUAUGGGCAUCAAUGCCUGGAUCCAGUACUCCCUGCUCGGUCCUGGAUCAGCGGAUUUCAGCAUGGACCCUGAUACUGGUGAGAUCAAGUCGUCUGUGAAUCUGGACCGUGAGGUGACACCUAAUUACCGGCUGGUCGCUCAGGCGACUGACGGUGGUGGACGGUGGUGCCGCGCCGAGGUGCAGCUGGCGGUGACGGACGUGAACGACAACCCCCCCAUUUUCACCCUGCCGCAGUACACCGCCAGCGUCUACGAAGACACCGCCACCAAGGCCCUGCUCACACGCAUCCAGGCCAUCGACCCCGAUGAAGCAGGUCCCGGCCGGGUGGUGGUCUACUCCCUUGCCGACUCGGCAGGAGGAUUUUUCUCUAUCGACAAGUCCUCCGGCAUCGUGGUCCUGGAACGCGUCCUUGACCGUGAGAUCCAGCCGGCCUAUCAGAUAACGGUCCGUGCAUCGGAUCAGGGCUCGCCGCUGCCCCUCUUCUCUCUGGUCAACGUCACCAUCACCGUGCUGGACAUCAACGACAACCCGCCCGUGUUCGAGCGGCGCGACCAGCUGGCGACGGUGCCGGAGGACGUCGGGGUGGGCACCGAGGUCCUGAGGGUGUACGCCGCCAGCAAGGACAUCGGCACCAACGCCGAGAUCACCUACAGCAUCCGGUCAGGAAACGAGCACGGGAAGUUCCACAUCCACCCUCUAACUGGUGCCAUUUUAGUGGCCCAGCCUUUGGACUACGAGACCUGCAGGGACUACUUCCUGACGGUGGAGGCGUGCGAUGGCGGCACGCCUCCUCUGAGCGCCAUCACCACGGUCAACAUAAACCUCACCGAUGUCAACGACAACGCCCCCAUGUUCAGCCAUGACCUCUACUCGGCCGUGGUGUCGGAGGACGCCACUAUCGGAGAGUCUGUGGUCCAGCUGGUAGCUGAGGAUGUGGACAGCCAGCUGAACGGAGCCAUCCUCUACUCCAUCGUCAGUGGAGAUCGGGACAACCAGUUCUUCAUUGACCCGCUCAGCGGGGUCAUCAAGGUCAACAAGCAGCUGGACCGUGAGACAGUUCCCAGCUACUCGCUGGCCAUUAGAGCUCUGGACAGUGGAAUCCCACCCAUGUCGUCCACCGUGCUGGCCAACAUCGACAUUUCAGACAUCAACGAUAACCCGCCCACUUUCUCCCCGGCCAACCUGACGACAGUCAUACAGGAAAACAAGCCGAUCGGCACCAGCAUCCUGCAGCUGUCGGUCAUCGAUCAGGACUCCUCCCAUAACGGCCCGCCCUUUGACUUCCGCAUCCUGCUGGGGAACGAAGGGGGGGAGUUCUUGCUGGAGAAGGACGGCACGCUGGUGGCCAACCAGGUUUUCAGAAGAGACCUGGCCACUGAGUAUGUCAUUCAGAUACAGGUGACUGACUCCGGGAAGCCUCGCCUGUCCUCCACCUCCAUGCUGACAGUCCGGGUGAUCGAGGAGAGCCUGCACCGGCCGGUGGCGCUGCCUCUGGAAGUCCACAUUGUCACUAUGGAGGACGAGUUUCCAGGCGGCGUGAUUGGUCAGCUCCACGCCACUGACGCUGACCCCUACGAUGCGCUGACCUUCGGGCACGCCCCCCCGGCCCAGCGCAGCCUCUUCAAGAUCAGCCCCCGCGACGGAAAGAUCAUUGCUCUGGGCGGUUUGGAUGCGGGCAGGUACUCCCUGAACGCCAGCGUGAGCGACGGCCGCUUCGCCGUGCCCGUGCCCGUGAGCGUGCACGUGGAGCAGGCCACCCCGGAGAUGCUGCGUGAGGCGGUGACGGUCCGGUUCGAGAGCGUGGCGCCCCAAGACUUCGUGGCGGUGCACUUGAAGAGCGUCCUGAAGGUGCUGAGGCAGGCGGCGGCGUCGCAGCAGCAGGACACCCUGCACCUGCUCAGCCUGCAGCCGGUCGGCGGGACGCAGCAGCUGGACAUGCUGGUCACCGUGGAAACGGCCGCGGGCGGGUAUUACAAAGCGGCCUACCUCACCCAGAAACUGAGCGCGUCCCGCCGGCAGCUGGAGGAGGUGCUCCGCGUGUCGGCCAUUCUGGAUAAGAACUGCUCCGGGCUGGAGUGCCGCGGAGCGCAGUGCGAGCAGAGCAUCGUCUUGGACUCGCACAACCUGGCGACGUACAGCACGCCGCGGGUCAGCUUUGUGUCCCCACGCUUCCACCGGACGUCACGCUGUACAUGCAACGAUGCCAGCUGUGCCGUCCUGUCAGAGCAGUGCGAGGACCAGCCGUGUCCGCCGGACAUGCAGUGCGUUGCCGUGGAGGCCUCCAGGGGGCGCUACGCCUGUCAGUGUCCGCCAGGCAAGCUGGGGGAGUGUGCAGGUCACUCGUCUCUGAGCUUCUCGGGGAACAGCUACAUCAAGUACCGGCUGUCGGGGCAGCUGCAGAGCGGACUGAGGCUCAGCCUGAGGAUCAGGACGCUGCAGAGCCGAGGGAUCAUCAUGUACACACACACUGAGCCCUGCACCGUGCUUAAGCUGGAGGAGGGGAAGCUGUGGUUCCAGCUGGCCUGUGGCCUCAGUGACGGCGGCGUUGGCGAUGGUCCCGACAUGUUGGGCAUCUCCGGGCGCCGCAUCAAUGACGGCAGCUGGCACACGGUGGCGCUGGAGCUCAACCGCAACUUCAGCAGCCUGGCGCUGGACGACAGCUACGUGGAGCGGCGGCGCGGGCCGUCCCUGAUGCAGCCGCUCGCUCCGGACCGGACCAUCUACUUCGGAGCGCUGGUGCAGCCCCCCAACUCCCGCAGCCUCAUGGACUCCCAGAAGGACCCCCGGGUGCUCGGCGGCUUCCAGGGCUGCCUGGACUCAGUCACCCUGAACAACAACGAGCUGCCGCUGCAGAACAAACGCUCCCGGUACGCGGAGGUGGUGGGACUGACGGAGCUGAAGCUCGGCUGCAUCCUCUACCCCGACGCCUGCCUGCAGCAGCCCUGCCGCAACGGCGCCACCUGUACCAGCCUGCCCUCCGGUGGCUUCUCGUGCAGUUGCAUCCCGCAGUACACCGGAGCACGCUGCGAGAUGGAGAUAACGGCGUGCGUUCCCAACCCGUGUCAGAACGGCGGCGUGUGCAAGCCCAUCGGCAACGCCUUCCUCUGCAGCUGCAGGAGAGGCUUCAGGGGUCUGACGUGUGAGGAAGACGUGAACGAGUGUGACCGCAGCAAUCCGGACGGCGAUUGUGAGAAUGGCGGCGUCUGCGUCAACACCCACGGCUCCUUCUACUGCAACUGCACGGCGGGCUUCGUGGGCCAGCGCUGCAGCCUGCGGCCCGUGGUCGUCCCCGACAUGCAGGCCGGCCACGCCAUGGUCGGCAAGGAGGAGCUGAUCGGCAUCGCGGUGGUGCUCUUCGUCAUCGUCAUCCUCAUCAUCCUCUUCAUCGCCUUCCGCAAAAAGGUCUUCCAGAAGAACUACUCCCGCAACAACCUGUCGCUGGUCCAGGACCCGGCCACCGCCGCGCUCCUCAACAAGGCCAACGGCGUCCAGUUCAAGACCCUGCACUGCACGCCGGGAGACCCCCUCAAUCUCUACUCGGAGCCGGGUCUGGGGCCCACCAUCGUGGGAGGCGGGAUGAUGGGGCCGCCGCAGGUCCCGGUCCGGCCCAUGGCUUACACCCCCUGUUUCCAAGGCGACCCGCGGUCCACGCUGGAGAAGAUGGCGGACGGGCGCAGCGUGGAGCACACGGAGAUGAGCACCUUCCACCCGGAGUCACCGAGGAUCCUGUCGGGGACCACCAGGAGGGGCGUGGUGGUGUGCAGCGUGGCCCCCAACCUGCCCCCGGUGUCACCCUGUCGCUCCGACUGCGACUCCAUACGCAAAAGUCCGUGGGACAGCGACGAGGGCAAGAUGGUCGACAUGGCUGAAGAAGUCACGUGUUUCUCAGGGAGCAACAAAGGCAGUAACUCAGAGGUCCAAUCACUGAGCUCCUUCCAGUCCGACUCCUGUGACGACAACGCCUCCAUAGUGACCGUCAUUCGACUGGUCAAUGAUGCAGUCGACACAAUCGAAAGUGAAGUGUCAGUUAUGGACCAAGGUCAAACCUACAAUCGAGGCCAGGGCAGCCAUCACCCCUCCCCCCAACCUCCCCCCUCCGACUGCACCAGUGGUUGCGUGACGAAGUGUUCACAGCCUCAGUCCCCCCAUGCGUAUCACUGGGACACGUCAGACUGGAUGCCGAGCACCAGGCUGUCAGACAUUGAAGAGGUGCCCGGCAGCGAGGCAGUCGGUUCGGCCCCUCGCCACGGAGGAAGCGCCCGCGAGCUGGAGUCUGACUAUUACCUGGGGGGGUACGACAUCGACAGCGACUACCCCCCUCCACACGAGGAGGAGUUCCUGAGCCAGGACCAGCUGCCGCCGCCACUGCCCACAGGCGAGGACUACCCCGAACCGUACGCGCCGCUGCCCGCCAACCCGCCCGUCUCCAAGGAGAGCACGCUGAGCUCUGGCAGCACCGGGCGUCAGCACGCCAGGCCGCACUUCCACCCCAGCCAGUACCUGCCCCCGCACCAGCUGCCUGUUGGGGAGGCGCCGCAUGGGGACUUCAGCACUUCAGCCGGCGGGGUCACGCCAGGAAACGGGGACACCGACGACUCCGUGUCGCUAAACAUAAGACUGUCUGUCGGGGCGUCGUCGGCCUCGGACAUGUCCACCCCCUGUGGGCUCGAUGACUCUGAACACGGCAGUGACUUUGACAGUAUUGACGAGCUUCGUCGAGGAGUGACCAUCAUCACCGAUUCACAGCAACAGACUGAGGUGUGAUUGAUUGAUUGACCAUUGCAGGGAUGCUUUGGGGCAUUUUAUAAGUGAGAAGGAGCAGCGGUACAGAUCGAAGAUGCACAAACAGAUGAUAUCUAAGGGGAAGGAAGUCCUUGACAGCAUUGCUACAACCAUGUUCCGUGUCAGUGAAUUUAAAAUCAUGUCCCAAGUACUAUCUUCCCAUAAAACCAAGCCCAGAAAUGGAAAUGUACCUGCAGGUUCCGUGAGAAAACAAGCUCAGUGUGUUGUCAGUCCUGUCCCCACUGUUCAGAACAGUCAGAAGUGUCCUUCCUGUUCUCAUAACAGAGAUUCUACAUGUAAUGUGAAAAGAAAGGCAGAGGGAAUGUGUAAGUCAAGGUUAAUUUGGGAGAGGGUGAUAAUUACAGAUGUGGUCGUGAGAUUUGGACAAAAACAGAAGGGACAAUCAUGUAAGUGAGAAGGUUGUCUUGUUCCCUGCUCCUUCACCGAAGCCCCAAUGGACCGCCUCUUUUUAAGAAAAAUGAAAAGAAAAGAAACUGAACAAAAAAAGAUGAAAAUCACCACUUUAUUCCCCCCUCCUGGAUUUGUAAACUUUGUAGUGCUCCGAGCCUGUACAGACUUUGUAAAAGACUUGCGUCCUCACAGAUGACAAGUAGGCAACAGUGUUUCUGGAAAGCCAUUUAUUUGUUUUAAUAGGGAAUGUGCUUGCUCCUCCAAUGCCCCACAGUCUCAAACAGAAAAUAGGAGAAAAAGAGGAAAA